UGAAAAAGGGAGUGAGCCUAGCAAUUAAUUUUCCCAAGGCAUAUCUACCGUGCAAAACCCACAAAGCCUUUUCGACUCUAACACAAAGCUCUCUCUACACUCUAUAUAUGUUGUCCAUCUGCGUUUCUCAGCUGUAAAUUCCGGUUGGUUCCCCCUUCCAAAAAGCACACUUUUCUCUGUCUCUCUGUUUUUCUCUUUCUCUCUCACUCAAUUUCCACAGGAGAAACCAAAAAAAAAAUAAAAAUGGCUGCUUCUGUCCUAAAGGCCACUUCCUAUGAUCACAACACAAACCAUCUCAUGUUGUCUGAAGAUCAUCACCAUCAUCAUCAUCCUCCUCCUCUCCCUCAACACCUCCAACCUAAUCAUAACCUUCAUCUUCACUAUACAACUAAAACAACCAAACAGAGUAAUUUCAGUACUGCUCGUGGCAUUGCCCGGAAAAAGGUACUCAAGGCAAAUGAUCAAGGAAAGCCUAAACAGAGGAAAAGAGGGAUGGGGAUGGUGCAACUUGAACGUGAACGUCUGAAGUUGGGAGUUCCUCCAUCCUCAUCAGAAGUUCCUCCUCCUUCAUCAUCAUCACCACCAUCACCCGGAGUUUCGAUUGCUGUCAUCCCUGCAGCUUCUCUUGGUCAGGAUUCCACCGUUUUGCAAUCCACUGUUCCAUUGCAUUUGGCGGCUAAGUAUGGGGCCUUUGGUUAUAGUACUAAUAAUGUGAGUACAGGGGUUAUUGGUUUGCCCUCUAACCACCAGCAGGCUACGGCCUUGUGGAUUCCGGGGGUCGGAUUGUUUCAUGGGCAAGGGCAGCUAGUUCCUGAUGUUAAUAUCCAUCGGAGUUCUUAUUGUGUUCCAAAUGGGAGCGAGGCUUCAAAAGAGCUCUCUUCAACUCCAAAUGUGAUGAACUCUUACCCUGAUCGUUGCAGUUUUUGCCAGAAAAAACGGAAUUAUGAAGGGCAAACUGUGAUGUGUAAGCGAGCCAAAGACAUGAAUCCAGGAAUGCCCACCUCUGGAUCGGUUGGAUACAAUGUUGGGAACAGGCAAAACAACCAGGAGAGAACACCUCAAGCAUUUGGGAAAAUUGCCAGUUUCAGUGCUGGUGGUACAUAUUUUGCUAGCCACACAGACAAGGGUAUGGUAGAUGGUGUAAAUGUUCAAAGGAAGCUGGGAGGUUCAUCAAGGGUCGGAGGAACCGGAAGCUGCAUCAUGGAGUACGAGUUUUUUCCGGCAUAUGGCAAAAACAGUGAAAUGGAUUCAGAUGAAAAAGGUCUGAUGAUGAUAAAGAAGCUGGCUUUAGGCGAUGGUUCAGAGUUUUCUUCUCCUGUUGCUUCACUAAUGAUGUCCGGUGGUGGUGAUACGGCUUCCUGCGUCACAACCAGAACAACAUCUAGCGGUGGUGCUGGUUUUGUUGGCGCCACCAGUCCCAUUGAUCUGUCCCUGAAGCUUUCUUAUUAGAUACCAGUAGACAAAAGAAAGAAAUGCAGUAGUUGGAGGGUUGUCUUAGUUUUGUUCUUUUCGAAGUUUGUCUUUUUUACGUUUUGGUGAAAUGCAUGUUAUCAAGAACCGAAACACAACUUUUUAGUUGCCCUUUUGUUUGUCUAACUAUUAUCAAACUGUCCUCCAAAGAAAUGGAG